UAGUUCCCCUUUCUUCCUCUGGCCAUGAGCAGUGCAGUGCGGACCGAGCCUCUGCCCGGAGAACCCCCUCUGCGGGUGCCUGGCGACCCGUACUCGGUGGUGGUUCUGCUGCAGGGCUACGCGGAGCCCGAGGGGGUUGGCGGCGCAGUGCGCGCUGAUGGCUCCGUGACCCUCAUACUGCCCCGGGCCUGGGGCCCGGCCUCCAGCCCCCGAGAGCCCCCACCUGAGGGCGGCGAGGCGAAGACCGCCCUGGAAGAGGCAGCCCGUGGCCCCAUCCUCGUGGACACCGGAGGUCCCUGGGCUCGGGAGAUGCUCCUGGGGGCCUUGGCGGGGCAGGGUGUGGCCCCUGUAGACGUGACUCUGGUGGUGGGGACCCACGGACACUCAGAUCAUAUCGGGAACCUCGGGCUGUUUCCAGGAGCGGCUCUGUUGGUCUCGCAUGACUUCUGCCUCCCCGGGGGCCUCUACCUCUCCCACGGGCUGGGGGAGGAGAGGCCCCUGUGGCUGGGGCCCGGGCUCGAGGUGUGGGCCACCCCUGGCCAUGGGGGCCAGCGGGACGUGAGCGUGGUGGUGGCGGGCACGGCCAUGGGCACCGUAAUGGUGGUGGGCGAUGUGUUUGAACGCGAUGGGGACGGGGACUCGUGGCAGGCCUUGAGUGAAGACCCGGUGGCUCAGGAACGGAGCCGGAAGAGGGUCCUAGGCACUGCAGAUGUGGUCGUGCCUGGUCACGGAGCUCCCUUCCGGGUGGUCAGGGAAACCUGGAAUCUAGAGACAAAGGAUCCAGGGAACAGCCGGCAAGGUCCCGUGGGAAACAUGGAUCAGACAAUGCACCGAUAAGCCCUGGGAGAGACAGGACUCCUGUCAGGGAAGCCCUCCCACCCAACCAUCCAGCCAAGAAACUGACAUCUAGAUACGGAGAGGACCCAGUCAGCCAGAGUCCGAGGAGUCCGAGUGGUCACUUCCAGCCCUUCCAGAAGGCUGGUUUUCCAGCGAGGACAGAGUGUUUCUGCCACUGCUGUCACCAAUAUCACUAUUUUUGCAACCAAACUAGGACCAAGGAUGGAUCAGCUGUGUGCCACCUCUGGGGGCUUCCUUAGUAAAGUGGGAGAAUGUUCUUGGGAGAGUUGUCCCAAAUAAAAAUAGGAAAGUACAUUGAAAAUCAUACUGCCUUAAUGUAAAUGUGAAGCAUUAAUAUGUGUGACAGUCAUGCAAAUGUAAUCAACAGCAAACGGGGAUACCUUUUGGUCAAUUGCUUAUUUCUCAUGAGAUGCAGGUUACUGAGAGAAGGUGCAGGGCACAGAAGUAACACCACAAUCAUAUGACUUUAAUUCAUUCAUUAAUUUUAUUCACUGAAUAGUUAUUUAACUCCUGCUUUGUCUCAAGUACCGGGAUACAACAGUGGGCAAGUUAGACAAACUCCCUGGCCCUUAUGGAUAUUAUUCUAUAGAGACAGACAAGUAAACAACAACAACAGUAAUAGUAGUAAACCAAAUAGCUACAGGUUGUGGUUAGUGAUAUGAGAAAAAACAGGCUGAGAAGGGGAUAAAGUGCUGGGGUGAGAGGGUGGUUAGGGAAAGCCUCUGAGGAGAUAAUGUUUGAUCAGAGAACUGAAUGAGGAGAAAGCUGGCCAUAGGAGGAUCUGGAAGAGGAGCAUUCCAGUCCCUGGGACAGCAGAUAUAAAAGCCCUGAGGCAGGACAGCUUUACCUGCUUGAACAGCAAGAAUCCAUUGUUGGAAGAGUGGCAAUAAAUGAAGCUGCAGAGUUAGGCAGGACCAUUAUGCAGGGCCCUGUAGACCAUGGUGGCAGGUUUGGAUUUUUACUGAGGUUGAAGCCUUUGCCUUUUGAGUAGGCCAAUGACCUACUCAAUGGUCUCAUUUAUGUUUUAAAACAAUCACUCUUGUUCUGAAUGGAGAAGGGGUUGGAGUGGAGCAAGAAUUGAAUUGGCUGUGGCUGGGAAGCUAUUGCAGUCUUCCAGGUGAGAGAAGUUGAUGACACCUGGCCCGUAUUCCAGAAGUCCUAUUAUGGCUGUGGUCCUCUUCACAACUGUCCCGUUCCCCAUGCCCUCUAUCCACACAGCUCUAGGAACGGCAGAGUGCUUAGAUGUGGCAGAUGAAGGAGAGGAGAAAGUCCACCUUGUGGAUGAUGAGCCUCCCUGGGUGGAUGCUGUUGGGCAGGGCCAGGCUGGAGGUAAUUUCCCAGGCAUCCACAAAGGCCACACAGAGGUCAGCAAAGGCAACUCAGAGGAGCUGGUUCACCUCGAGAGUGAACCAGUCACUGCCAUACAUGGACUUAUAGCAGUGUUGACCAACUUGAUGACCACAAGAGUGCAACCACAGCUGCCCCGAUCCCUAUCAGUCAUCAGAUAAAGAUGGACACAGAGAAGGUGGUAAAGUAGACCCAGCACUACCACGGUGUGGGGGCCCCUGGCCAGGUUCUGGACCAUGGAGAACAGAGAGGCCACUGGUGUGCAAAGGGUGUGUAGGGGCCAGCUGUGGGCCUGCCAAUGCAGCACUAUGCCCUGAGUGGUCUCCAUAGCCAUCAGGAGCCUGGUCUGAUAUGUGGCAUGUAGGUAGAUCCACUGGUUUCAGGGCUGUGGGGAGGACAAGAGAGGGAAAUUGGUUUAUUUAGAGCUAUGUACUCCUACCUUGUAUAAGCAUAAAUUCCAAUCCUGACUCACUUUCCAGAACAUAGGUAUUCUGCUUAUUACUCAAGCCUGGUUGUUCAGGGACAACACAUCUCUUUGGCCACACUGAUUGUCUCUAGGAUGGACAGGUCACCUAACCUAGUCCAGUCUUGGUAAUCUUAGGGUUUUUGCUAGGGCUAGUGGAAGAGAGUCUAGUUUUUUUCCUACAAGACUGACAUGGGAGGGUGGAUCAUCUUGCUGCUUGUCCAGACAGCUCACUGCUGCUGGGGCCACCAAAUGGAGACUGAGAAUGAAGCUAAACAGUAGGGGCCGAAGUGAGCAGUUAAGAGAAACAGACCUGAUGACAAGUUUGAGCACUGAAAGUCAAACCCACUGCCUAACUCAUCAUUCACCUGGGCUGGCUAAUCAACUCCUUUCCUGCCUAAGCUUCUUUGACUGUUUUCAGUUGCUUGCAGCAAGAGGAGUUCUGAAUUGAUAAAAACACUGGUGGAAAUGAUUUAUUAGAGGCAGUGAGGAUGGUGUGGAGAGAGGGUUGAUAACAGGGAAAGCAGUGCUUAAAAUAUUAGGAAGUUGGGCCCAGAGUGUACUCUUAGAAGUUCCUUUCAAGCUUGCUUUUUGUGAAAACUCUCAGGAACACUUGACCUAUAUGAUUAGAUUCUUCUACUCAUAAAAACUCAGUGGCUCCACAUUACCUGCAGAAUAACCCAAACUUUCUCUCCUGAUUCUUUCCAAGUCAAAGUCUGCUCCAGUUUGGCUGGACUGCCUACUUCCUUCCAGACAAGCCCGCAACCCCUUUUUCUCCUGUAGGACUUUGAUUCUGUUCUCUCCCUGCUGUCUUCCCUGUCUUCUCCACUAUCCAGGCUCAGCUCAGCUCAUCUACAGAAACUUCGGUAUGCCUGGCUUUGGUCAUUUUUCUGGAAAUGUCCUCUCUCCAUUGUUCCCGGUAAGAGCAGAAACUAUGCAAGACACUUCUCUGAAUGUGCCAGAGCUCAGUGUUUUUCUAUAAGUGCCGUUAAAUAAAUACAUGCUAUUUUUCUGAUCUACCUGGGUAUCUGUUACCUGUUGCCCAGCUCUGACUCCUUGUCCAGGAUUUAGGUAUCUGUCCCUGCCCAUCCUCUGAGAAGUUCCAGCAUCAUGUCCACUUAUGCAAACAAAGGGGUAUCUCUCAAAGCCCUCCCUAAUCACCUCUUUCUUUAUGAGGCUUCAGGUGUCCUGUUGUCUCCUGUCACGGCCACUCACGGCAGUGACACUCAGAUACUCUUCACUGCCAUACGAUGGAGUCCAUCAUGUGGAUGACAUGGCCAGCUAGGCAGCCCAGGAUGCUAUCAACAGUGCAGAAGGAACAGCUGGAAUAGGACACCAAGGUGUUUCAUAUCUCAGUGGUAGAUGCCAGAGAGUUUGGUGGCCAGAAGCCCAGGGUGAUAUGGGGGUCAAGGGAAGAAGAAAAAUAUAAUAGGCUAACUAGUAAAAAGCUAACAUUUUUUGAGUGUUUACUCUGUGCCACGUGCGUGAACUAUAACCAUCCUCUUAAAAUAGAUAGGGAAAUUAAAUGAAGUGAGUUCAUAAAUGUUAGUACAAGCAUGUGAAUGAAGGCUUCUAGACUCCAAUGGCCAUCCCUUAACUACUCUAGGGAGAGGCUAAUCCCAGCUAUGGACAUAACCCUCUAGGUCAGCUAGCCCUCUACUCCAGACCAUUCCAGAUGGACUCACUCAAGCUGCUCCUUCUCUUGGCUGCUAUCUGGCUCUGGAUCAGAGAAAGGCCCUGAAGGAGAGCAUUGCUUGUCACAUUACUGGAGAGACAAAUGACUGUGAUAAGAAUGAAGACAUGCUGAGGACUAAAAGCUUGAGUUUAGGUAGGAGAUUAUUCAUAAUUUUAAAUGUGUCUAUUUUCAAAAAGGAUUCCAAGUGGCUACUAUAGAUAUAUGUAUAUAAUACAGUAUAAUUAACAUAAAGGUUAAAAAGAAGUUAGAAACCAGGUAGAAGGUGAAGAUAAUUUUAUCAGGAACUUGAAAAUUUUAUCAGGAUACUUCCAGAUACUGAACACUGUUUUGGCUCUAAACUUCCUAGCAACACACACACACACACACACACACACACACACACACUGGGUUUUGUAUUUUUUCUUUUGUAGUAAUAGAAAACAAGAGCUUGUUUGGAGAGAGAUUUUUUUCUUGAGUUUACAUUCUAUAAGGCUCAAGGAGGGCAUGAAAACUCAGACAAAAGCAUAAUGACUGGAAACAACCAGACAGUUAUGAAUAGGCUUUAAAAAUCAUCUAAAGAAUGAGUGAAUUCGCUUUUAAUGUACAACAAACCACCCCAAAAAGUAGUGGCUUAAAGCCACGAACAAAGAUUAUUUCUUACAAUUCUGUGGUUCAUCUGGAAGUGAUCCAGGAUGGCCUCAUCUCCCAUCACGGUGCCUCAGCUGGAAUUGGUGGGAUGGCUGGGCUUCUCUCUACGUGGUUUCUCAAUCUACAAUAGCUAGCUUUGGCUUGUUCAUAUGGUGGCAGAGGGAUUCCCAGUGCUAGGGCAGAAGCUGCAAGGCCACUUGCAAUUGAGGUCCAGGUUCAGAGAUUGCACAAUAUUGCUUAUAUCACCUUCAAAGCAAGUCAUAAGGCAAGUCCAGAUUCAGGGAUGAGAAAAUACCCUCCACCUCUUGAUAGAAGAAGUUACAAAGAAUUUGUGGCCAUUUGUUGUUGUAAUCUACUACGAUGGGUGUGUGCAUGAAUUGGUAAUGCUAAAAGUUGUCAUUUUCAGUGUUUGGUAAGUCCUUUUAUACUGCCAUUCCUGGAAGCCGCUGCUAAUCACACUGCACCAUUCCCUCCUCACUCCCAGAAGGGGGCAGCACUUACUCACAGAGAAAGCAAAGACCAUCAUCCAGCUAUCUCUGCUUCAGGACGCCUUACCUGAGAACUCCACAGCAUUUGCACCCAGACUCACCUCCAGAAAUGGAGCAGUCCCUUGCCCACCCCUACCAGACAUUUCCUUUAUAUCCUUGCUGAUUCCUUUUCAUAAGUUUCCUUUUACUGUCUCACUCAGUCUGGCUUCCACUCUAACCACUCCACUAAAAUGGUUCUGGGUGACAUUGCUCAUGAAUGUCAUAAUCAACAAAUCCAAAAGACACUUAGUGCUCAUUUUACUUUACCAUCCAGAAACACUUGAUUUUCUCUUUUCUUUUCUUUUCU